UACGACUACAUUAAUUGCCCUUGCAAUGAGCAGUUUACCAAAGCUGAAGCCGUCACAUCUCUUCAUAUACGAUCGAUUCAGGGACGACGAUAGCGGGGGAGCAGCAAUGCAGGAUGUGACUAGAGAAUUCAAGAUUGACCUGAAGGACGACGGGCUCGGAAAAUACAACAUUAGUCCCAUAAGGGAGUUAUCCAAGCCGAAUCUACCUGCGGGCCAACGUGAGGCGACCCGUUAUGCCACGACAUCGGAGUCGAAACGCUCCCAAAACAGCUUCACCAAGAAAAAGUCUGAAGUCGAAGAAACAUUGAAGAGAAUUCAAGGCCACAAGGGCGUAAUCGGGGUUAUAAUCGUCAACUCGGAAGGUAUCCCUAUCAGGACAACCCUGGAUAACUCGACGACGGUACAAUACACGGGUCUUAUUCAUCAGCUAACGAUAAAAGCUCGCAGCACUGUAAGAGACAUCGACCCUCAGAAUGACUUGACUUUUCUGAGGAUCCGAUCGAAAAAACAUGAAAUCAUGGUUGCACCAGACAAAGAAUAUUUGCUGGUGGUCAUCCAGAACCCAACAGUUUAACAUGGAGUUCCCUACCUCUAACUCCAAAGAUAUUACUGCAGUAGUGUAUUAUAAGAGAACCCAUUUCAGAUUGUAUUUGGUAAAUGGUUGCGCAAUUGUAAUAUGUUAAGGUAUUAUUAUUCAGGUCUGUUAUUUGUGUCCAUUCCACUCUUUCUGUCUACUUUGUAUAUUUAGUCACAUUAUAGAUGUAUGGUUUUUAUUAUCCAGUUACAAUAAAUGGAGAAGUAAUAA